AUGAGCGACUCACCAACAAAGGGCAAGCGCAGGCCCCUGGCUGCCGACACCAGAGGGCUGGCAUCGCAGGGCGACCGCAAGAGCGAGCUCCGGGACACCAUCGAUGUGCUGCAGAAGGAGCUUAGGGCUCAGAAAGAAAAACGCGACGCGCUGCUGGCAAACGGCAUUGGAGUCGAGAAAGCACGGGGGCUGACGGACGCGCACAUUGAGCGGCUGCACCGGUACAACGACAUCAAGGAUGCUGGGCAGAUUCUGUUCGGCAAGCUAGCAGAUGUCCAGGGAAAGCUGGUCAAGGACAUGUACAGCGCAUACAGCGUGGAUCUGGACGACUAG